AUGCCUUCCACUGCUGCAGCAACAACAGGCACAUGGGUUAAGCCUGUUACUACUAGAAGACAUCACCUUUCUUCUACAAACUCUUCAAAUUCAGCUACAAACCAAUUGGGUUUUCCCCCCUCUUCCUCCUCCAGCCCAAUUUUCUUCAGCAGAAAACCCAUUCACAGAAAAUCAACCGCAAACACACUCACUUGCUCUCUCCAGGCCCCCUCUCUUCUCCAAAUCCCCAAACACACCCCUUCCUCAUCUUCAUCAACCACCCUUUUCACUCCCUCCACAACCUCAAACCCAAAAGAAAACAAGACCCAACCUUCUUCUAAAUCCUCAAAGCCAGUGCCCCAGCAAUGGAACUUCCUACAGAGAGCAGCAGCCAUGGCCUUGGACGCAAUGGAGAGCGCUCUGCUAUCAAAAGAGCAGCAACACCCACUUCCCAAAACAGCUGACCCAAAAGUCCAAAUCGCCGGAAACUUCGCUCCAGUACCGGAGCACCAGGUUGAACACUCUCUGCCAGUCACCGGAAAAAUCCCGGCCUCAAUCCAAGGCGUCUACGUCCGCAACGGCGCUAACCCACUUCACGAGCCGGUCGCCGGCCACCACUUCUUCGACGGCGACGGCAUGGUCCACGCCCUGCAAUUCAAAGACGGGGCCGCCAGCUACGCCUGCAGGUUCACCGAAACGCACCGUUUUAGCCAGGAGCGCGACCUCGGGCGUCCCCUGUUCCCAAAAGCCAUUGGCGAGCUCCACGGCCAUUCCGGCAUCGCCCGCCUCCUCCUCUUCUACGCGCGUGGCAUGUUCGGCCUCGUGGAUCCCACCCACGGUAUCGGCGUCGCCAACGCCGGCCUCGUCUACUUCAACGGUCGCCUGCUCGCCAUGUCGGAAGACGACUUGCCGUAUCACGUUAAAAUCACCGAAACAGGGGACCUCAAAACGGUCGGUCGUUACGACUUCGAUAAACAGCUCAAGUCCACAAUGAUAGCCCACCCGAAAGUGGACCCCACCACUGGCGAGCUCUUCGCGCUCAGCUACGACGUCGUUCAGAGGCCUUACUUGAAGUACUUCAAGUUCUCGCCGGACGGCGAGAAAUCCCCCGACGUCGAAAUCAAUCUUGACCAGCCCACCAUGAUGCACGACUUCGCUAUCACAGAACGGUAUGUCGUAAUUCCGGACCAGCAGGUGGUGUUCAAGCUGCAGGAGAUGAUCACCGGUGGGUCCCCCGUGAUCUACGACAAGAACAAGAUGUCACGUUUUGGGAUUCUCGACAAGAAUGCGGAGGACGCUUCGGGGAUCCGAUGGGUCGACUGCCCCGAUUGCUUCUGCUUCCAUCUCUGGAACGCGUGGGAGGAGACGGAGACGGACGAAGUCGUUGUGAUCGGGUCCUGCAUGACUCCGCCCGACUCCAUUUUCAACGAAUGCGACGAGAAAUUGGAGAGCGUUCUGUCCGAAAUCCGGCUCAAUUUGAAAACCGGCAAGUCGACACGGCGCCGUAUUUGCUCCGAGAAUGUGAAUUUGGAAGCCGGGAUGGUGAACCGGAACAAACUGGGGAGAAAAACCCGGUUCGCGUACCUGGCUCUGGCGGAGCCGUGGCCCAAAGUUUCGGGCUUUGCCAAAGUGGACCUCUCUACUGGUGAAGUAAAGAAGCAUAUCUAUGGCGACGAGAAGUACGGAGGAGAGCCUCUGUUUCUGCCCAGAGACCCAAAUUCGGCGAAUGAGGACGAUGGGUACAUUCUGGCCUUCGUUCACAACGAGAAGGAGUGGAAAUCGGAGCUGCAAAUCGUGAACGCCAUGGAUUUGAAAGUUGAAGCUACAAUUCAACUCCCCUCCAGAGUUCCGUACGGUUUUCACGGCACGUUCAUAAGUUCCAAGGAUUUGGAGAAGCAGGCCUGA